AUGGCCAACAGUACGCUUAUUGGUGCUAAGAUAGCAUUCAUUGUAGUUGUCUACAUCCUUGCCUUUGUUUCAGGUAUUCUUCCAAAUGUGAUUCCUUGGUGUAAGAAAAGCACCAACAUCCUAGGAAUCGCAAAUGCUUUCAGUGGAGGAGUUUUCAUCGCUAUUGCUUUAAUGCAUAUCCUUCCUGAAACAUCGUCAGGAUAUAAUGAAUACAUGCAAAGCCCUAAAGAGCUUGGCCAAAAUGCUGAUGUUGAUGGAGAGGAGAGUGGUGAACCAUUUCCUCUUCCUCACACACUUGCUUUUGUUGGUUAUGCUUUCAUCCUUCUCAUCGAUAAAGUAAUUUUUGAUACACAUUCCCUCAUCGGAGACAAUCAUCAAGGCCAUGUUCAUGACCCUGCUGCUGAACUUUUAGCUGAAAAUGUGAGAGCUCAUCUUAACGAAAAGUUAAUCCCUAGAGAUAGUCACUUAGACCCGGCGUGCAUUCGAAAAGCAGAAUUGCUUGACGAAGAUAUUAGGGCUUAUUUAUCCAGAAAUGAUAAGUUCUCAGUAAGAAUGCAUUAUGCUUUAAAACAUCCCAAUUCAAAGAAGGAUAGAUACAGUAAAUCUUUUACUCAAGAACUUGAUAAGCUUGAGGAACCCUCCUCUGAUCUUGAUAGACUGCUUCUUAAUGAGGAAGAAUGCAAAGAAACAAAGAAAAGUAGGUGCAGCUGUAGCCUAACGCCAGUUGUUUUGAUGAUAGCACUCAGCACACAUGCCAUGUUUGAAGGAAUCGCCACCGGAUUAGUCGACGAAGUUAGUCAAGUUUGGACAUAUAUUAUAGCCAUUUUUCUUCAUAAAUGGGCGGCUGCUAUGUCACUUGGUAUUAGCAUGAGCAGAAACUUCAAAGACGAGAAAUGUACUAUGUAUAUUCUCAUACUCAUCUUCGCAUUCGCAACUCCUCUUGGAGUUUUACUUGGAAUGAUAGUUGAAGGUUCAUCUGAAAUUGCUGAAAUUAUUUUUAGCUCUCUCGCAGCUGGAACAUUUAUCUACAUCGCUUGUUCAGAAGUCAUUGUUGAGGAGUUCUCAAUUCCCAAGUUUAAAUGGCCAAAAAUGUUUGCUUUCUUAUUUGGCGCAGGAGUCAUCGCCUCUCUUGCUCUUCUUGAAUAGUAAAAUUAUGUCUGAAUCUCACUUUAAUGAAUUGCCCAAUCAAGAUUAGAUUCAAUAUUUUUACUCUUG